GAGGUCAGCAGGGCAGUGUACAAGGGUCAGCAGGGCAGUGUACAAGGGUCAGCAGGGCAGUGUACAGGGUCAGCAGGGCAGUGUACAGAGGUCAGCAGGGCAGUGUACAGAGGUCAGCAGGGCAGUGUAAAGGGGUCAGCAGGACAGUGUACAGAGAUCAGCAGGGCAGUGUACAGGGAUCAGCAGGGAUGUGUACAGGGGGGGUCAGCAGGGCAGUGCACAGGGUCAGCAGGACAGUUUACAGGGAUCAGCAGGGCAGUGUACAGGGAUCAGCAGGGCAGUGUACAGGGUCAGCAGGACAGUCAGGGCAGUGUACAGGGUCAGCAGGGCAGUGUACAGGGUCAGCAGGGCAGUGUACAGGAGUCAGCAGGACAGAGCACAGGGGUCAGCAGAGCUGAGGAGACAGGGGUCAACAGGGCAGAGGACAGGAGUCACUGCUGGCAGAGCAGAGGACAGGGGUCACUUUUGGCAGGGCAGAGGACAGAGGUCACUUUUGGCAGGGCAGAGGACAGGGGUCACUGCUAGCAGGACAGUCAGCAGAG